AUGUAUCGGGAAACGAUUUUCUGGUUAAUAUUCGUAACUCUAUGUUGGUAUGGUUCGUCUCAAUUGAUAGCGGCGCAGUACAACGCUUACCAGAAUUAUCCCAUAUCUUUCGUAGUUGAAACAACGUACAAAGACUGGGAUACAUAUUUCCCUUCGAUUGCGAUAUGCGAAAAUGAUAAUAUGAGGCGUAUUGAAGCGGUUGCUGACAGGUUAUUUGGAGAAGAUCAUGACUUUAAUAUAGAAGAAGUUAUGAAAGAGUUGACGUAUUAUAAGGGUUUUACGUAUUUUGUUUCCGAAUUUUGUUCUGAAGAGAAUGCUCUACUAGACUGUGACAAAUGGAAUCUCACUUAUUAUGCGAACGUGGUCCGAAGUCCUUGCGAAGAAAUGCUGAAGAAUUGCUCUUGGAAUAAUGUCCAGUUCCCUUGUUGCGAGGUCUUUAACCCGAUAAACACCGAAUUUGGAGUUUGUUACAUCGCUAACUCAAUACAAGUCAGACAAAAGCGACCAAAGGUUUCUAUGAUCAGUAAUAAAACAACAGGCCCAGGAGUUCUCAACUUUAAUGUGAUGGUGCCAGCUAAAUUGUACGUGACUAAUGAGGAAGAGGUUCCAUCUCUAACUAUUAUUGGUUUAGAUGCAUUACAGAUUGAACCAGAAACAUUUUAUAGGCGAAUUAUUUCCAUAAGAAAUAUUGAAAACGACGCCGGCGCUCGUUUCAUAGCGCCUGAGAAAAGGAAAUGUCGUUAUGUGGACGAGAACUUUUUGGAUGUCUAUCCUUUAUACUCAUAUACUGCGUGUACUGUACAGUGCAGGAAAAAUGCACAACUCAAGACUUGUAACUGCACUAGCUUUUACAUGCUUAACGUAAAGGAGGAAAUGAAAUGCGACAUAAACGGUCUCAUUUGCUUGAAUGAUCACGCUACUGAUCUUUCUGCACUAAAGGCCAAAUGGUCCAAUCGUCCUGGUCUAGAUUGCGACUGCUUGCCGUCUUGUACCGAAGCCGAAAUAUCUAUAGUCAAGGACUUCAAAACUACAACAAGUGACAGCUACGCAUCUGUGCAGAUCGAAUUGGCAUCGUUACCAAGCGAGCGCUACAGGAGAAACGUCGUACGCGGCUUUCUUGACUUAGUAGUAUCAACUGGUGGGACUGGAGGUUUGUUUCUCGGCGUCAGCAUUCUUAGCUUCGUUGAACUAUUAUAUAUUUUAUUGAUUCGUCCAUUUUUCGACAUUUACACCAGGUUGAACGAUGAUCCUUGGUACAAAAGAUCUGGUACACGACAUUUCGGUGAUAACAAUUUUAAACGCAAACUUUUCAAUCGAAAGAAAAGUAGCAAAAUAACAAAGAAACGAGAAAAUUUAUUUCAUCACAGACGAUUUUAG